GGGGAAAAAAACGAAGUUUUAGACCAAAAAUAGUUACUUUAAAAAUUAUUUUCUUUGAAGAGUUUGCAAAAAUAAUGCCUGAUGUCCACGCUCAGGCUCCUGCUUCUCCUCCUCCGGCCUCUGCUGCUGCUGCUGCUCCUGCUGACUGCUGUUUGUUUGACGGAGAAUCACAACGAGGAGCUCAGCGACCCCACGCCAUUCCCAGAAUACGACUACAACGCCACCUUCGAGUACAGCUUCUACAGUAACAGCAGCAAUGAAGACCUGGAGAACUUUCAAAAGCAGUUUAUAACCCCCCAUGAUGGCGAGGAAGAGGAGGAGGAGAAUUUCAUAACAGAAGGACAACAGGAGGAAGAGGCUACGACUACAGAAAAGAGCAGUGUUAGACUUGACAGUGCAGCAUCAUUUCCUGUUUCUCUGGACCUCCGGCUGCUGCUCUGGACUGUGAUGGUCGCGGUGGUCUUGAACUCACGGCAGCUGUGACACAAAAUGCUGACGGACACACAAACACACACUUCAGCUGCCCUCCUGUAGGAUCACCAGCCCAGGGAAACCAUGGAGGUGCUACCACCUUAAACAUCCUCCAGCGUGUGGUUGCUGGUGGGUGGGACCAGCAGGACUUCAGCCAAUCACAGAGCUCCUUUUUGGGGGGGCGCGGAUCAAAGCCGAACUCACUGCUUCUAAACGAGAUGAACUUUAAUCACACUUUGAAUCAUUUCACAGAGAGAGACUGUCGUGUUUUUCAUGUCUGCACAGAGGAUCAGGAAGGAGAAGUUUUCUAUAUUAUUAGAUAAGAUUACAUUUUCAUUUGAAAAAAAAUAUUUUGCAGAAAAGGGAUCAGAAAGUUAUUAUAACAAGCAUAUUUUUUGUUGCAAAUAUAUGAUUAUAUAUGUCAGUUUUUUACUAAAAUAGUAACCAGAGGAACCCUCAGAAACAGGUUUUUGUUUUUCCAGCAGCUUUUAUUUGAAGCAACAAACAGGAUUUGCUAAAUUUAAUAGAAAUAUAUGAAAAAAAGGUUUAAAAAAAGAUAAGAAUUUUCUCCCAGAAGAUCUGAGAACUUUUCCUCCACUUGUAAACACGUUCUACUCUCCUUAUAACAGAAAUGUUAUCAAGAUAUUUUAAUGCAAAAGGUUGGAAAUGUUUUUAUUUGUCAUUCAUUUACCAAAGAGCUUCUCUUGCAUGAGGAUUUCUUUGUGCCCUUCUCCGUUCCUAAGCACACAUUUUGUCCCGUCUGAAGAUUCCUGCAUGAAUUCUGAUCAAACUUCUGCUGAAAAUUGUCUUGUUUGGCCGUCAGUGAUCUUCCAAAUUCUUCUGGAACACUUUUGGAGUCCGUUCUCUAAACCGCUUUCAGUCCUGCGUCUCCGAGAAGCUCCCGAUCUUUCCAAACGCCACUCCACGCCUUCACUGUGAAUUCCUCCUCUGCACUUUGCCAACAAGCAGCACUUACCAGCUCGUUUGGGUGUUUUUCUCCUAAAGUUUUCUCUGAAAAAUCAAUAAUGAAACUUUGAAUUUGAAUGUAAGCAGACAGUGAAUCAUUCCGAGUGUAUUUUGUGAGAAAUCCAACACUUUGUCCUGCAGGUUCAAAUGGAUUCUGGAUUCUUCAACAAUUUUGAUUGAAAUUUUUUGUUGAGUUUUGUUUGAAUUCAAUCAGUAUGGUUUCAAAUUAAAAAAUACAAUUCAAGAAAGUUCUGUAAAAUGUUUAUUAAAUCAGAGUCUUCAGAAGAAAA